ACAGCAUAUACAAGAUGGUUCUGUAACAGAGACCAGCAACGAUGGGAUGGAAGAAGCAAAGGAUGAAAUCAAAUCUCAAGAGUUAAACCUGGAGAGGCAGCCAAGAAUCUCAACUGGUUCAAUAAGGGACUUGAGAUUUUCACAGAAUGUUGUGAUUAGAAAACCUGCAAAAGUUGUGUUUCAUUUAGAUGAAUCUGAACUGAAAUCAAAGCUAGAACCACCAUGGAAGAAAAAUCUUUUUGAAAGAGUGGAGGCAAGAGCUCAAGCCAUGCAGCAGAAAAUAAUAGAAAAGGAUAAUCUGAAGAAAGAACUAGAAAAAAAGGCUGGAAAAAAAAUUCCUAAGGAUAAUUUGGCCAAAGAGUGGUUUAAUACCGAAAACAUGACACUGGAUACUCGCGCAUAUUUGCUUGACAAACUUCUACCCACCUUAGUUCCCGGAGUGGAAAAAAUGUUAAUGCAAGUGGAAAAGAAGAAGCUUUUAACAGAAGCUGAUGUUUCAACCAAGUUUGAUCCGAUUAAUCGUUUGGGGGAAUAUUUAAUGAGAAACAAUCCUUAUUAUAUCAAAGCCCCAGAAAUCUCUGGUUACCAGAGGGUGAUGAGAGAUGUCACAGAAAACCUGAAGAUACAUGUUCCCGGUACUAUCUGCAACAGAGUAGCCAAGAUGAAGCAAAGUGCUAAACAGAAAAGAGAACAGAGAGAAUGCAUAAAUGAAGUGAAAGAAAAGGUGGCCAACACUCGGAAACAGGCUCUGCAGGAACAAUUUGAUGAAUGGAUUCUAGACCCCAAAGGAAUGAUUCCCAUGGUGGUGAUUCAGAAUGUUCUUCAUGAAUUUUUUCAGAAUACAGAAUUUGAUCUUGAAUUACAUCGCAAACAAUUGCCUAUUAUUGACUCAACAGAACGAAGAUUGAACAAAAUGGAAUUUUCAGAAUACAUCACUUCGCAUAUUGCAGACUUUAAAAAUGAAAUGUUUGAGAAACUCCUUAAGCACCUUUGCCACUGUGCAGAUGAAUUCCGGGAGUUUGUAAAAUCGGACAUGCAGAGGCAGAUGUUUGCAGAACUCUUCCUGCAUUGUGACCAUGGGAAGGUGGGAUUUUUAGAUCGGCAGAGGACAUUGGCCUUGCUGGAAAUAUUCUAUGACCAAAGUUCAGAAAUGCUUAGACAUUUACUCCGAAACCCAAGACAAUGGCCAUUCGUUGAAUUUGAAGAGAUAGACUUGCCUGAAUUUUGGGGAGACAUGGAUAACCAGAAACACAUUUAUGAAGACUUUGACCAAGUGAUCUUUGAGAUGAAUACAUUGCUUUUGGAAAAACGUGCUAGCAAACCCCAGAGUCAAUUAUUAGAAAAUCUAGAAGAUCAACAGAAAUAUGAUGAACAGAGAAUACCAACACCACCACCAAAGCCACCAGAAGAGCAGAGCGAGACAACUGCUGAACGAAGACCACACAGAAUUUCAACUGAAGAAGCAGAACAAGACAGAGAGCCAACUAUAGAAGAAGAAGACGAGUACGGCUAUUUAGAAAUAGAACAAGGACCCCCCACAGGGUUAACUCCAGAACAAGAAUCAACUACAGAGUUGAUAACAGAACAAGAACAACACAGGAGGGCAACUACAGAAGAAGAGCAACACGAAGGAUCAACAGCAGAACAAGAACCACACAGAGAAUCAGAUGCAGAACAAGGAUCACCCAGAGCAUCAAUAACAAAACGAAGCUCACACAAAGAGUCAGUUGCAAAACGUGGCUCACACAGCAAUUCAGCAAUAGAAGAACCAUACCAAUGGCCAGAAGAAGAACUUUAUGAAGAGGAAAAUUCAGAGGAACAACAGGGUAUGGACUCGAUAUCACAAUGUAAUAGAAUGUUAAGAAAAAGUACAACAUUGAGGGUGUCUACUCUCUCUGAGUACCUUGAGGUCCCUGUACCUAAAGAGAGGCCUAGGGAGCAAGCGUAGGAAGAGGAACUGUUGGUGAGUUCUGAAUGGCAAGAGAAAGCUCCAACAUCACAUAGAAAAGGUUGUCUUUCAGAAACUGCAAAAAAGGAAGUUCCUAAAGACAAAUCCUGUGAACCCAAGUCCCCCCAAAUAGACGGAAAGUCAUGGUCAGGUGAAAUUUUUGCUUGUAACUGGAACAUGAAUGCUGAAUUUGAAGAUGAGAAACAGGCAGACAUAAUCUAUGGUAAUCCCAGAUACACAGACCUACACCCAAUUAUCAGAAAUAUUCAAUCUUAUAAGAAAAUAAGGCACAGGACUGCCUUCAAUAGAGUUUCCUUCAAUUUGCUCCAGUUCGUGCAACUCCUGGAGACAUUUGUUGGUGAAGAUGUUCCCUUGAGUGUCAGUGAGGCCCUCGUCCUUUUUUUCAAGACAGGCUAUGUUGAAACAGAAGAAGAGAAAAUGAAUGCCUUAGAACAGAUUAGACAAAAUGCUUUCGAAGUCAGACGGGAGAUACUCCUAGAGGCCCUCUUUCAGAAGUGGGACAGCGAUGGCUCAGGCUUCCUGGAUCUAAAGGAAGUUGAUGAACUCUUGUAUACAUACCGGGAUGGAAUGGAAAAAGAAUCUAUGAAGAAAGCUAAACUACACUUCCAAUUUCCAAAGCCACACCCUGAUCAUGAAGUGAGGCUGUCUUCAAAACAAUUUCAGAAAUACAUAGAUUUGGUUGUAUCUGAACUCAGGGGCAAUGAAGAUCAAAUUCUGGAAAAUGUGGUGGAAUUUCUGAUGACUAAUCUAAAGAGGAGCCAUAUUGAGAGUCUGAGGAAUAGUGCUAGACGAAAAUGGCUACACCAAAUCCAAUAUGCAGCACAGAAAAGUGGGGUGUCCCUGGAGCCAGUGUAUAUGGAGACGUUUAAGGCCCUCACCCAGGAUGCUGAUGCCCAUGGAAAUAAGAAGAUCAGUGCUCAUAUUUCUCUCUUAGAAGAAAACCAACAACUGCCUGAUAGAGGAAAUGUUCUUUUGAGGAACGUGGCUUGUACCUUAGAUGAUGCUCCAUUUGUACUGAACAAAGUGCUCUACAGGGACAUGAAGGGAAUCAGUUUUACAGUAGUGGAUGAAGGGAAGCCAAUUCACGUUCCCCAAGUUCAGUACCAUGGGAACAUCUUCUUCUGGAACGAGUCCCGUCAGAAGAAUGAUUGUAAUGGCUCAUUCCUGGCCCUGCCUCUUCAGGAUACAUAUAUGAGGAUCUUUGGGGUCUUGGCUGUUGACACUCUUAAAGAUCCCCGUGAAAUAAGUAUCUUCCUACCUCAUGAGAUUCGAUUCUAUCAGGGGGUUGCCGGUGUCUUUAGCACUGCCUACCACUUUGUCCACAGCCGGGAGCACAUUCUGCACAUCGUGAUCACCGGCAUCGGCUGGCUCUACAAUAACAUCACAUCCAGCAUCACCUCCAUCACUACUUACUUUGUAGAGCCGAGCCCAAACCAGGAUUCAGACUAUGUUUUACGGAACAUGAUGGUUACAGGGAAGCAGGGUCUAACAGAAAUCCACACAAAUCCCCCUACCAUUUUCAGGAAGUCAUGCAUCUUCAGGGAUUUCCUCUUCAAGUGUGCAGACAGUUCAGAAGUUGUUUUGGCCUCUGCCAGUGGAGAAACCCACAUAGUAAUUCCACUCCGUGAGCGAACAGGAGAGGCUCUGGGAGUCCUGGAUGUUAACAUUGGCAGAAAUAGAAUGUUGUUGUAUCAAGAAUAUAAAGAUCUGCAGAAAAUGGUGAAGGUGAUCCAAGCUGCCUGCUAUGAAAUACUUGGCGAAUUCUCUGGAGAGAUAACGAAAAAAUAUGUCUUAGAGAUUGAAAAUGUAGGGGAAGUCCAGCGGGCAGGAAUUAUCUUCUUCCGCACCAUGCUGCAGGAGCUGCAGGAAAGUCUCCAGCUACUCAGGACCUCAGACUUUGUGUCACUGUUGCUCUAUAAUUACAGUCGUGCAGGAGGGCCAAUGUCUACUACAGACAGCGAAUACAUCCAGUCAAGAAUCAACAUAAACCUAGUGCAUAACAUCCUGAAGGCCGUUAUUUUGUUCUUUCAUCCAAAGCUGGAAUUUUCAAGUGACUUUGGAGAUUGGGAGAAGUGUCAAUUUUAUGUUGACAGAUAUUUAAUUGAAAGUAUCUGUACCUUUGAUCCAACUUCUGAGCUUGAGCAAGUCAAUUUAAAGCUCAUUGAUGAACUUAUCAGAGGUAAAUUUCCCUUAAUUAUACCCUAAAUCUAUACUGAUAGCAAUAAAACACAAUUGCAAUUAAGAGAUUUUGUUAGAAUAAA